AUGGCCGACUAUGUUAUGACCAUAGACUCUGAUGUGGAACACUCACCAGAUUUGACUAUCAAUUCCGUCAAAGACGAGACGUUGAAUCCCGACUUUACUUUCGAUUUGUCUGGAGAUCCUUAUACAGAUUUUUUGGAUGUCUCCACGGUCACCGCCCACGACUACGUCAGAAAAGGUACUCGACCAGAACCCAUAUCUGUAGACGAUAUUAUUCAACGUCGGCGACUCUCUAAUAAAAGAAAACGGUCGAUAGAGGAAGAGUUUUCCGACAAAGAAACCGAUGCUAUCCAUGGAGAUCAUGGAGAUGAUGAUGAAGAGGACGAACCUACUGGCCUGGACGAAGAAGACGAGGAUGAGGAUGAUCCUUUGGCGACUUCUGACGACGAAGUGGACGAAUGCGACUCUCAAACUUCCGAACAUGAAGACGAUGGCAAUCUCUCGGAUUCGUCGUCUUCCGAUGAUUCUGAAGUCGAAACUGCAGCAGAGAAAGCACGAAAAGCGGCUUUCUUUGAUUCGGAAACCGUCCCUUCUUCGGAAGAACAUUCCUCAUUCCUUACCAUGAAUCUUUCCCGGCCCCUUGUGAAAGCCUUAACGACAAUAGGAUUCCAGAAGCCAACUCCCAUCCAGGCUGUAGCCAUCCCUGUGGCUCUGUUAGGAAAAGACAUUGUCGGAGGAGCAGUAACCGGUUCCGGAAAAACAGCCGCGUUCACAAUUCCAAUGUUGGAGCGGCUGCUUUACCGGGAGAAGGGUAAAAAAGCUGCGGCCACUAGGUGCUUGGUACUUGUUCCCACUCGAGAACUGGCGGUACAAUGUUAUGACGUAGGCACCAAACUCGCGACUCACACAGACAUACAGCUUUGUUUAAUCGUAGGUGGACUCUCUCUCAAAACACAAGAGGCCGCUUUACGCAACCGUCCAGACGUUGUUAUUGCUACUCCCGGUCGUCUUAUUGACCAUAUACGCAAUUCUCCUUCUUUCAAUCUGGACAAUCUAGACAUUCUAGUUUUGGAUGAAGCCGAUCGCAUGCUCUCCGACGGAUUUGCCGACGAACUUUCGGAGAUUAUCAAGUCCUGCCCAACCUCUCGACAAACGAUGCUAUUUUCUGCAACCAUGACAGACUCAGUAGAUGAACUGGUUAAGAUGUCGUUGCAUAAACCAGUACGAUUAUUCGUAGAUCCCCGGCGAGGUACCUCGAAAAACCUAGUGCAAGAGUUCGUCCGAGUACGGGCCGGUAAAGAGAGCGAACGUUCCGCUUUACUGGUCACGCUAUGCAAGCGAACGUUCCGCGAGAAAACUAUUAUCUUCCUGCGUAGCAAGAAGCUUGCGCAUCAGUUACGAAUUGUUUUUUCUCUGCUUGGUAUGAAAUGUGAAGAGCUUCACGGAGACCUUAGCCAAGAGCAGCGACUGAAAGCUUUGCAACAGUUCCGUGAUGGCGCCGCCGACUUUUUGAUGGCCACGGACCUUGCUUCUCGUGGUUUGGAUAUCAAGGGGAUAGAGACUGUGAUCAACUAUGAUAUGCCCGGUCAAUUAGCCCAAUACCUACAUCGGGUUGGUAGAACAGCUCGCGCGGGAAAGAAGGGACGGUCUGUAACGCUGGUAGGUGAAGCAGAUCGCAAAAUGCUCAAGGCCGCAAUCAAGCAUGGGGCGGGUGCCGAUCAAGUUCGUCACAGAGUCGUUCCACCAGAAGCCGUGGGCAAGUGGGCGGAAAAAUUGGAGAGCAUCAAGGCGGAAGUCGCGGAAGUAAUGCGAGAGGAAAAGGAGGAGAAGCAGUUCCAGCAAGCCCAGAUGGAACUGAAGAAGGGUCAAAACAUAAUUGAGCAUGAAGCAGAGAUAUUCUCGCGGCCAGCCAGAACGUGGUUCCAGACGAACAAGGAAAAACAGCAUAUGGGAGCCAUCAGCAAGCAGCAAUACGAAGCGGGUUUUAUUUCUGGGGGUCGAACCAAGCCGGCGGAAACUGCUAAAGAUAAACAGGACAAGCCCAAACGGAGCAAGUUCUCUGGGCUGUCAAGGAAAGCAAAGAGGCGGAAAUUAGCAAUGGAAGAUGAUGCUGAGAUGGGAGACAGCCGCCCGCUGCAAGCGGCCAUCCGAUCAGCAAAGAAAUCGGCGCGACCAGCUAAAAUUGGGGUUCCAGAACGACGUCCGUCGAAGGCAUCGAAGGCUAAGGACAGGAAGACUCCGAAAAAGGCCCCACGAUCCGCUGGAGCUUUUGAUAAUGAUCUGAGUCAGAGGGCGCAUGAGGGCGCAAGGUCGAAGAAAGGUGUGUCGGUGGGGACGGGAAGGAAAGGGUCGAAGCGUAAAGGGAAAUAGUUUUUUUGUACCCUUUCUGACAAGUACACUGAAUGUCACGUUAGUCACAAUGUGACUGGUCGUGCGGGGAGUGUGACAGACGCGUUUUUC